AUGGCUCCUGAAAAGCGGAACAAGUUCCUCGACGCCGACGAGAGCGAGGACGACCUCGACCAAGGCUACGACUCCGAGGCCGAGGAGCUGCGCAAGGGAGGCCGCAGCGCAAAGAGACGCAAGGUCGACUCCGACGACGAGGACGCCUUCAGCGACGAGGAGAACGACACAAAACAAGAUGACAACGACGACGAGGCAGAAGAAGCCUCCGACGACGAAGACCAAGACGAAACAACAACAAAAAAGUCAAAACCCUCCACCACCACCACAGACGACCUCCCCGACGUCUCCAAGCCCCUGACCAAAAAGAACCUCGUCGCGACCGAGGAGGCGGUCAAGAAGUCGGGCGUUGUCUACAUCUCCCGCAUCCCGCCCUUCAUGAAGCCGCAGAAGCUGCGGUCCCUGCUCGAGCCCUACGGCAAGAUCAACCGCAUCUUCCUCGCGCCAGAGGACCCGGCGGCGCACGCGCGGCGCGUCCGCGCCGGCGGCAACAAGAAGAAGUCGUACACGGAGGGCUGGGUCGAGUUCGUGCGCAAGCGCGACGCGAAAGCCGUCUGCGAGCUGCUCAACGCGCGCACCAUCGGCGGCAAGAAGGGGUCCUACUACCACGACGACAUCUGGACGCUCAAGUACCUCAAGGGCUUCAAGUGGCGCCACCUGACGGAGCAGAUCUCGGCCGAGAACGCGGAGCGCACGAGCAGGAUGCGCGCCGAGAUCAGCAAGGCCAGCAAGGAGAACAAGGAGUUCGUGCGGAACGUGGAGAGGGCGAGGGUGCUGGACGGCAUCGCGGCUACCAAGGCGAAGCGCGGGAAGCAGCAGCAGCAGCAGGGGCCGGCGGCGUCAGGCGCGCCUGGGGACGGGGAUGCGGCAGAGUCCGGGGACAAGAGGAGGACGGUGUUCAAGCAGAUACCCCUGGCGGACAGGAAGAGCGGCGGCGAGGCGGCGUCUGGUGCUGGUGCGAAGCCGGACGUUGCGAGGGUGCUGGGCAAGAUCUUUUGA